GGCGGCGGGGGCAGACAAAGCCGUGGCUAAUGAAUGAGAGCGCGUCCGCCCGCGCCGUCCGUCGUCCGCAGCCGGACGGGAGCCGCGCCGCCCCAAGCCCGGCGCCCGCGAUCCCGGUCCGGCGUAGCAUUUGGAGAGUGACUAGACCUGGGGCAUGGAGCUGUUGGAGCAUGAAGAAUGGUGAUUGUGAAGGAGAGGACGUUUGAGUCCAGCCCUGAAAGGUCUAGGGGCGACGUGGUGGAGGCCCCGAAUGAGAGGCAUCAGUGUGGUGGAGAGGCUGGCCCCUCUGUUUGAGCCUGUGUCCUGGCAGUAGAGCCCCCUCCUCAGCUCCUCGUGCUCCUGAUAAGAUAAUGCAAAAGGAUCGUUAUCAUUAUGCUAUCGCGAUGACGGCAAUCCUGUUUCUACGACAAGAAGCAGGUCUCCGCUGCGUAAAUUUCUGUCCACACCAUGAAGUAUUUAAUAGCAGAACUCCUGGGAAGCAGUGAUCCACGCCCUAGAUGAUGUGCUCAUGAGUUACAUGUUCUGCUUUUCAGUAAGAUUUAUGAUUCCCCAUAUUCAUAAACAUCCCAAAAGACAGAAUUAUUUUGAAAAAACUGAAGAUAAUGUUCAUUUGGGGGCACAAAUGAGCAUUUGGAUCAAUUUCUUACCAACCUAAGGUACCAAGACAAUGAAGCAGCCAGAAUAGUUAUGGUCAGUCAUGGAGAAUAACCAGGAAACUUAUCCCAAAGGGGAUGAUGAUUUUGUUUCUCAUAAAAUAAAUUUUAAAAUAGAAGAGGAAGAUGACGAUCAGAUUCCUGAUCACAGUUUGGAAAGAAUGGACUUUAAAGAUGAGCAGGAGGACAGGAAACAAGCUGACAGUGGGGAUGAACAGGCGGAAAUCAGAGAAACGAGCCAGAGCUGUAAGCCCCCUGGGAGGUACUUCUCAGUUGACAGCGAGGAUGACUAUGGGUCCCUCUUCUCACAGUACAGCAGCACGCUGUACGACGUUGCGAUGGAGGCUGUGACACAGAGCCUCCUUUCCAGCCGGAACAUAAGCUCCAGGAAGAAAUCUCCAGCUUGGAAACAUUUUUUUAUCUCUCCUCGGGAUAGCACUAAAGCAAUAUGUAUGUACUGUAUGAAAGAGUUCAGUAGAGGAAAAAAUGAAAAGGACCUGAGUACGAGUUGUCUCAUGAGACACGUGAGGAGAGCACACCCUACUGUGCUCAUUCAGGAAAACGGAAGUGUGCCAGCCCUGUCCUCAUUCUCAUCCCCCUCGCCGCGGCCCCCGCCACAGCCUGCAGACGGUGGAGGCGUGGGCACCGUACUCUCGCCCAUCAAACUGGUCCAAAAACUGGCAUCGAAGAUCCCGUCCGCUGAUCAAGUAACGGAGGAACCUGUGUCUGUAGUUUCUUCUGAAGAAGUCUCUGACAUGUCCCUCCCUGAGAAGUAUAGCAGGGAGGAAGCCCUGGUGGGGCCACCUCCCCACCUCCCCACUCUCCAUUAUGAGGAAACUGCAGAGAAUGGGGCGGAGAAAAGCCUCCCGCUUCCAAAGGGUGCAUCUGGGUCCAGAAGAAGAUCUGCUGUCUGGAAGCACUUCUACCUGUCGCCCCUGGAUAACUCCAAAGCCGUCUGCAUUCACUGCAUGAACGAGUUCAGCCGAGGGAAGAAUGGGAAGGAUCUGGGCACGAGCUGCCUGAUCAGGCACAUGUGGAGGGCGCACCGCUCCAUCGUGCUACAGGAGAAUGGUGGGGGCACAGGCAUACCACCCCUGUACUCCGCUCCCCCUACCCUGCUGCCUGCCCUCCCACCUCCCGAGGGAGACCCAAACUCUGUGUCAUCAUCUCCAGGGAAGCUGGUCCAAGAGUCCCCUUCAGCGUCCUCCUCCCCUGACCGGCUGACCGAGGACCUGCAGUCACACUUGAAUCCCGGAGAUGCGCUGAUGGAAGAUGCAUCAGUGUUGUCGUCCUCCGAUGACGUGGGCGAGGCCUUGUUGGUGUCCUCUCCUGAGAAGCAGCCGGCUGACGGGUUGAGCCCCAGCAUGUUUGAAUCUGGUGCUGUGUUCCAACAGAACAAAAAGGUCAUGAAGAGACUGAAGUCAGAAGUUUGGCAUCACUUUUCAUUGGCCCCCACGGACAGUCUCAAAGCAGUGUGCAGGCACUGUGGCUGUGUCAUCAGUCGGGGGAAACAGGGGGACGUGGGCACCAGCUGUUUGAUGAGACAUCUCUACAGACGCCACCCAGAGGUUGUUGGGAAUCAGAAGGGCUUUCUGGGAACCAGUUUAGCAAAUUCUCCCUAUGCCACCUUGGCUUCUGCAGAAAGUUCUUCCUCCAAGUUAACUGACUUGCCAACAAUGGUUACAAAAAACAAUCAAGUUAUAUUUCCUGUUAAUAGCAAAAAGACCUCAAAGUUGUGGAAUCACUUUUCUAUCUGCUCUGCAGACCCCACUAAAGUCGUGUGCUUGCACUGUGGCCGGACAAUAAGCAGGGGUAAAAAGCCGAGUAAUUUGGGCACCAGUUGUCUCCUAAGGCAUUUACAGAGGUUCCAUAGCAGCGUCCUGAAGACUGAUGUCCCCGAGACGGUGCUGCCCUCCUCUCUAGGCGUCCAUGUGCCCCUGAGCACAGAACUAUCAGGAGCUUCCUCCUUUGAUGACACCAAUGAAAAGUUUUAUGAUUCUCAUCCAGUUGCCAAAAAAAUAACAAGUCUCAUAGCCGAAAUGAUUGCACUUGACCUUCAGCCAUAUUCUUUUGUAGACAAUGUUGGCUUUCACAGGCUGCUUGAAUACUUGAAGCCUCAGUACUCUUUACCCUCACCUUCUUACUUCUCCAGGACAGCUAUCCCAGGUAUGUAUGAUCAUGUGAAACAGAUAAUUACGUCACGUCUUAAGGAAGCUGAGAGUGGUGUGGUCCACUUCACGUCUGGAAUAUGGAUGAGUAACCAGACCCGCGAGUACCUGACACUCACUGCUCACUGGGUCACCUUCGAGUCGUCAGUCCGGCCGCACUGUGAGGACCACCACUGCUCAGCACUUUUAGACGUGUCACAGAUUGACUGUGACUAUAGUGGCAACAAUAUUCAGAAGCAGCUGGAGUGUUGGUGGGAGGCCUGGGUGACAUCCACUGGCCUUCAGAUUGGCAUCACGGUUACCGACAAUGCAAGCAUAGGAAAGACCCUGAGUGAAGGGGAGCACUCGAGCGUGCAGUGCUUCAGUCACACUGUUAAUCUCAUUGUCAGUGAGGCCAUUAAAAGCCAGAGAAUGGUCCAGAAUUUACUUAGCAUUGCACGGAAAAUAUGUGAGCGGGUACAUCGGUCACCCAAAGCAAAAGAGAAACUAGCAGAGUUGCAGAAGGAAUAUGAGUUGCCACAACACCAUCUUAUCCAAGAUGUUCCAUCCAAAUGGAACACGUCGUUUCAUAUGCUUGAACGGCUCAUUGAACAGAAAAGGGCAAUUAAUGAGAUGUCAAUCGAAUGUAACUUCAGAGAACUGAUUAGUUGUGACCAGUGGGAGGUCAUGCAGUCUGUGUGUCACGCGCUGAAACCCUUCGAUGCUGCGAGUCGGGAGAUGAGCACCCACAUGUCCACACUCAGCCAGGUCAUCCCCAUGAUCCACAUCCUCAACAGGAAAAUCGAGAUGCUGUUUGAGGAGACAAUGGGCAUCGACACCAUGCUGAAGUCUUUGAAGGAAGCCAUGGUGAGCCGGUUGUCCGCCACCCUCCAUGACCCCAGGUACAUCUUUGCUACACUGUUGGACCCUCGUUACAAAGCCUCCUUGUUCUCCGAGGAGGAGGCGGAGCAGUACAAGCAGGAUUUAAUCAGGGAACUAGAAAUGUUGAAUUCUACCUCAGAGGACACGCCUGUCUCCAAUGGGUGUGAUCCAGGCUCCCCAUUGAAAGACUCUGUUGAGGAGGAGAACCUGUGGUCACUCAUGGCCAAGAUGAAAAGGAGAGACCCGAGAGAAAAGACGAAGGUACCCGAGGACAUGGUGCUUGCGUAUCUGGAGGAGGAGGUGCUUGAACACAGCUGUGACCCACUCACCUACUGGAACCUAAAGAAGUCAGCCUGGCCGGGCCUCUCAACUCUGGCCGUCAGGUUUUUGGGCUGUCCCCCAAGUGUCGUCCCUUCAGAAAAGCUGUUCAACACACCUACCGAGAACGGUAGCUUUUCCCAGUCCAGGCUCAUGAUGGAACAUUUUGAAAAACUAAUCUUUCUGAAAGUGAAUCUUCCCUUAAUAUACUUUCAGUAUUGAAACUCAUAAUGGAGCCACCAGACUAAAGGUAUUGUUGAUUAUCAGGCACCUGCUCUUUGUCCCAGGGCUGGUGACUCGCUCCAUUUGGGGCCAUGUAGGACAGCAGACCAGGCACUCUCAGGUCCACGUUGAGCUUCACUUCCAGCUCUCGCCGUAGUGUCUACAUGUGCCUUACUCCUAGUCCUUCAGGCCAGGUAUCACGGUGUGUUUUUUAAGAAGUCCACUAGAAAUAGCCUGUCUUGUCAAUUAUGAAACAUGAUGAUUAGGUUUUAAUUCAUAACUCUCAAGUUUUUUAAAAGUUGGGGUUAGUAAUUUGUUUUACUAGAGUGGCAGAGAAGAUGUAAACAGUUUUAUUCUGUAGGCUUUUUAUUCAGUUAUGUAAAAACCACAAAUCAGGUACUGUAUUUUAGUAAAAAAUUGCUUUAAUUGCAACAAAACAGCUUUUAUGGCUGUCAAAUAAAAUCUGUAAAUAGGAGGUGGAGUUCAAGCCAUCUUGACUGAGCAGUUUCUAACUGCAGGCUCUAAAAUAUGUCGAGGAGUACAGAGAAUAUUCUGAAAGAUAACUGUUUACUACAACAGAGACGUGGCAUUUGAAGACAAAACUACACUUAGCUGUAUCAUGUAUGUCAGUUAUAUAGUGAUUCAGUAAAGAGAACUUCUCCAUUUCAUAUUUUGCAUUCAGGUUUUAUGAGGAGGUCCCCAGCUGUUUAUAAUGAUCUCAUUGUUGCCUGUUGUCUGGCCGGUGCACAUGACACGUUUACAGCCCUCCUGUCGAUUAGGUCUCCAAGCCUCUGACUUAGUGUCUCUGCACUAUGAAGUAUCUUUUGAAAUUUGUGUACUGACGCCCAAUUUGAUCAAAUUAUAUACAAAAUUCUUUUUAGAAGAGAUGGCUUAUUAACAGGGAAGAAGAUUGUUGUAUUACAGCUGUAAGAAUAGCCUUAGGUGUUUAGAUUUUUUUUUUUUAUAAUAGGGAAGAUUCAGCCAUCACUGGGGUAUUUUAGACUCCCAACGACAUCAGAAUGAAGUGUCGGUUGUCAGAUUUUUUUAAGAAUAAUAUGUCUUCAGAGUUUUUCCUUCAAUAUCUAGAAAAGGGUUUGUUUUCUUAUUUCAAACCAAUGAAAUAUUCUGGGUGAAACAAGUCACUCAUUUGCCUAUGACCUUUUAGAAAAGUUGUUUUGUUAAAAUACUGUACCUAUUAUUAAUCUGAAUUUGCAUUGACUAUGUUUUAGUGUAUUUAUAAAUGGUGAGCUCAGUUUCUGAAAUUAAACUUUUUAUUUGUAAUUUUC